AAUUUCCUGCUUGUGUGCCCAUCUGGGGCCGUCUUACUCACGGUCCUUCUUCCUUACCCUCUGGGUAUUAGUGCGUGUGGGCCUCCGUCCUCUUGUGUGCUCUCUGUGCCCCCCACCGGCCCGGCCCAUCUCCUCUUCCUCUCUCCCUUCCGCUGCCAAGGAGGGGGGUUCGUCCCCCAAGGGCUGUUCCCUGCCCAGCGGCUCCUCCGGGAUCCAUCCUGGCAGCCACGAUGAGCUUCACCGCAAACUCAGUUUUCUUCACCUUGAAGGUGAGCGUCCUGCUGGGGUCGCUGCUGGGGCUCUGCCUGGGCCUCGAGUUCAUGGGCCUCCCCAACCAGUGGGCCCGCUACCUCCGCUGGGAUGCCAGCACGCGCAGUGACCUGAGCUUCCAGUUCAAGACCAACGUGUCCACGGGGCUGCUCCUUUACCUGGAUGACGGUGGCGUCUGUGACUUCCUCUGCCUUUCCCUGGUGGACGGCCGCGUGCAGCUCCGCUUCAGCAUGGACUGUGCAGAGACCGCUGUGCUGUCCAACAAGCAGGUGAACGACAGCAGCUGGCACUUCCUGAUGGUGAGCCGCGACCGCCUGCGCACGGUGUUGGUGCUCGACGGCGAGGGCCAGGCGGGAGAGCUGCAGCCUCAGCGGCCCUACAUGGAUGUGGUCAGUGACUUGUUCCUGGGUGGAGUCCCCGCCGACAUUCGACCUUCUGCCCUGACCCUGGAUGGAGUACAGGCCAUGCCCGGCUUCAGAGGAUUAAUCCUGGAUCUCAAGUAUGGCAACUCAGAGCCUCGGCUUCUGGGGAGCCAGGGUGUCCGGUUGGAUGCCGAGGGACCCUGUGGUGAGCGUCCCUGUGAAAAUGGCGGGAUCUGCUUUCUCUUGGAUGGCCACCCCACCUGUGACUGUUCCACCACCGGCUAUGGAGGCAAGCUCUGCUCGGAAGAUGUCAGUCAAGGUCCAGGCCUCUCCCAUCUCAUGAUGAGCGAACAAGGUAGAAGUAAAG